UAUGAAAUCCACUUUAUCGGACCAAUUGAAGCAACCGGCUGAGAGGCAACAGGGCGAUUUGGACAACUUUGAUCAGACGGGGGGGAAAAAGUGAAGAGUUUCCGCUUUGUGUCAGCUCGCAGCCGCGGCCACAAGGGGAGACUUUUGGAGGAGAAAGUGCGACAUAGUUUUUUUCUCUCUCUCCCUCCUCCUGUAUUGAGAAUGUGGUAAACCUGAGGUUAGAAGGGGAAGGAGAAGGCGGAUUGUUGCUCACUGAACAAACAGCACGUUGGAGCGACUUUAAUGGCGAGAACUACAUGAAAACCGCUCGGUGGCAACAGGAACAGAGGACGAGAAGAAGAAGAAGAAGAAGAAGCAGGAGCAUCGGAGCCGCAGUUUAUUUUCAAAGUACAUUACCUGGCUGCCCACGGUGAACAGAGGAUGUUGUCACGGCUGAGUGAGCAGAUAUGGGCCGACUGGAUUUGGUUUCCUGAAGGCCACGGUUGGGAUGACUUGAAGGAUCAUGAUGGCAAAGUCUACCCUAAAGUGCAGGACCUCUGGGCUACUUUCCCCAUUGCUUUGUGCUUCCUUGUCGCCAGACAGAUAUUUGAGCGGACAGUAGCGAUUCCUCUGGCCUCUCUGUUGGGAGUGAGUGACAAGCAGCGCCUUUGUGCUCCCCCAAAUCCCAUCCUGGAGUCCUAUUUCUGCAGCACAUCAAAGCAUCCCGCACAGAGCUCCAUAGAGAGUCUAAGUAAACAGACGGGCUGUUCAGUGCGACAGGUCCAGAGUUGGUUCAGGAGGCGGAGGAACCAGGAACGACCCAACAAGCUCAAAAAGUUUCAGGAAGCCAGUUGGAGAUUUACCUUUUACCUUCUUGCUUUCUUUGCUGGCCUGGCGGUCCUAGUCGAUAAACCGUGGUUCUAUGAUAUAAAGCAGAUAUGGGAAGACUUCCCAAAAAUGCCACUGUUGCCUUCGCAGUACUGGUACUACAUGAUCGAGCUGGGCUUCUACCUCGCGCUGCUUUUUAGUGUAGCAUCUGAUGUCAAACGUAAGGAUUUCAAAGAGCAGAUAAUCCAUCAUGUGGCCACCAUCACCCUCAUCAGCUUCUCCUGGCUGGUGAACUACAUCCGUGCAGGGACUUUGAUCAUGUUAGUGCAUGAUGCCUCCGACUAUUUAAUGGAGUCAGCCAAAAUGUUCAACUACGCAGGUUGGAGAAGAACCUGCAACUAUAUCUUCACCGCGUUCGCUGCAGUAUUCAUCGUCACCCGUCUCGUAAUCCUCCCCUUCUGGAUCAUACACACGACGGCCGUGUAUCCGCUGAGUCUCUACCGCCCCUUCUUCGGCUUCUACUUCUUCAAUGGGCUGAUGUUUGUGCUGCAGAUCCUGCACAUCUUCUGGGCGGCGCUCAUCGUGCGCAUGGUCAUCAAAUUCCUGCCGGGCAACGACAUCGUGGAGGACGAGCGGAGCGACAAGGAAGAGACGGAUUCGGAGGAUGAAGACAGCAGCCGCGAGCGGAAGUCUAAAAAUGGCCACGUGCAGAAUGGCCACGCCCCCCUCAACAACAACCACAGGAAGGCGGAGUGAUUGGACAGUGAGAGACAGAGACGAGGAUGCGUGAGGAGGGACGACGGGCCCUCGCCUGAAAGCCAAAGAACGUGAGCGUGGCAUUUUGGAAGAGGCAGCACACACACAGAUAUAUAUAUACACAUGCAUAUAUAUAUAUAUAUAUACACACACACACACACACACACAAACUCAUGAUAAGAGCCUUCCUGAAACCCCGGUAGACCAACGUGGAUAAUUACACCUCUCUGUGGAUUACACUAAAUUAAACAAGAGAGGAAGACUGCAGCGUGGGAACCACCAUGAUCUGCUUUCAAGCAGCGCAGUGGUUUUCUUGUUACUCUUCCUCUUUUCUCCUAUUUGGCAAGAUUCUGUGCUGGUGACCAAGUUGCCAUACGUGCCUGCUUGUAGCUUUAUGUUUUAUUACUGGAAGUGUUUUCAGGUGGUCAGGACGGGCGUUCCCUUCCUGGAGUCAGCUAACACUCUUCUAAGUAUUGCUGCCCUUAAACUUGACUGAUAUUUUGCUGUAAAUAACCACACUGAAGUCUGAACAUUGUGUCGAUCACUAGCGCGAAUGCGGCAGUGACUUUCUGCGGACCAUAACCCGGUUUAAGUCUAUUUACUAACAAUAAAUGUCUCCCAGACGUUUCGGUUUGGUCCUCGCUAACGGUUUGGAGCCAGCGCUGCUAAAAUAUACUUGUUCCCGUCGGAGUUCACCGUAAAUAUUUGGUGACGAAUAAUAAUAAUUUUUAGCUGUUUCGAGAGAAGGUGCUACGUUUGCCACGUGUACUGAAAUGUGCCUUUGUCUUAAAGUGCUUUUGGGAAGCAGAUCGCACAGAGAUCAUUUUUAAGUGUUGCUUUAUGUUUAAUGUCUUUUUAGUUGGGCGACUUUUAGUUUUGUUUUAUUUGUUUGUUUUUUUUUUUCCAGUACAGAUUGAGGUCUAAAUUUGGGAGCAAUAUGUUUGAGCGUAACCCAAAUCAAUCAGUAAUAGGUUAUAAAGGUUUGGUGGACUGAAAAGAGUCAAUGGCGUUUCCAUUCAGUGUUGUUUUUUUUCCACAUCCAUCCAAAGAUGCACUUUAUGGCUUCUUCUACACAUCCACGUCGGCUACAAAUCCAGUAAAAAUAAAUAAUAAAUAAAUAAAUAAAUACAUUAGUUAUGAUUGACUCACGGGGAAAUGUCAUUUUCUUCUAGUUUAAAGAGUAUGAUUUAAAUUUUGUUCCAUUGUCUAGUCUGUUUGUCUUGUUUAAAACAAAAGAACAGUCAAAUGAGUAAAGAGGUAAAAAUGAAACACCAAAGCAUGGUUUACAUUUUUCUAUUUCCUUGUCAUUUUCAAGUGCCUUCAUCAUUUCAAGUCUUAAAUGUAAAAACAAAAAAACAAAAAGAAAGAGUGAGAGAGUGAUUUCUUUUCUUUUAUCUGUAUUUCUGCCAUCUUUGUUCCCCAACACAUCCAGCAUGUUGCACUGGGCGUUCCCAAAAGGCAUCUCGACCAAUCGCCUCGAAGAGCUUUGCUUCUACUGAAGUGUUUUUAUUCUGCGUUAUGUGUUGCUGUAAAAUCCUGAGGAUGGCGAUGAUAAAGAUAAUUGUGGAUAACUA